AUGAGUGGCAAAAGAAGGGUGUCUGGCGUUGGGCUGGACUCCUUGCAGCCUGGAUCCACCUUGUUCCCCACAGCUGAGAAAGUGAGCUCCUUAGGCAAGAACUGGCACCGUUUCUGCCUGAAAUGUGAACGCUGUCAGAGCGUCUUGUCCCCUGGAGGGCAUGCAGAGCACAACGGGAGGCCAUACUGCCACAAGCCUUGCUAUGGGGCUCUCUUUGGACCUAGAGGGGUCAACAUUGGUGGUGUGGGCUGCUAUCUCUACAACCCCCCGACUCCCUCCACUGCCAGGAGCAUUUCCCUCAGCCCCAGCAACUUUAGCCCCCCCAGGCCAAGGAUUGGCCUCCCCCAAGCUAAGAAAAGACCUCCUUACAUGAAGACAUUCACUGGGGAGACCUCACUGUGCCCUGGAUGUGGGGACCCUGUGUAUUUUGCUGAGAAGGUGAUGUCUUUGGGCAGAAAUUGGCACCGACCCUGCCUGAGGUGCCAGCGUUGUAGGAAGACACUGACUGCUGGAAGUCACGCGGAGCAUGAUGGCAUCCCUUACUGCCACAUCCCCUGCUAUGGAUACCUGUUUGGCCCUAAAGGAGUGAACAUCGGCAGUGUGGGCUGCUACAUCUAUGACCCAGUGGACAUAAGACCCAAAUGAGCCAUUCCCAGGAGUGAUCACCUUAACUCAGGCUUCCCACCAUCUCCCUCGUAGUCCAUGGGAAGCUCUGGAAUUCUCUAGUCCUUCCGGGGAAGGAGAAGGUGAAAUCCUCAGGGCUUGGGCCUAGGCUCUGCGGUGGACCUGAGUCUAGACUUUCUUUGCCAAUUGUUUGCUUCCCCAUUCCUAUCUGGAUGCGCCUCCCCCUCCACACACACACCCUAGAAUGGUGAUUGCCUGGCUCCCCAGUUCCUUCUCCCAGCAGUGCUGGAGCUUCAAAGUGUAUUCAUAAUGGUCACCGAGUGUCAAGCUCUCUGGCUUCUCCAAUAAAAUGUUGACUCCCAUACCUUCAA